GAAUCAGUCUCCCCAAGAAUCGAAGAUUGAUUUCAUUAAUCACCAUGAUCUUAGCAAAGAUCAGAUCAUUCAUGACAUCCUUGUACUCUUUUGGAAUGACCCCCUUUAAUAACUUCAAGAUGCUUACUCGGCAACUGUUGCUGGUUUCUUAAACUUUAGUUUCAGUUCCCUCUUCAAAUAACUAUUUCAGCAGUUUAUUCAUCGCCAUACCUAUUGACAACGUAAAUAAUAAUAUAAUUCUAAGCCACCAUUACAACACAGACAUGUUACAAUGUUUUUAAACAAAAAAAUGUAUAAGAGUGAAACAACUAUUUAAUCUAUGACCACAAAAACAUAAAUUGGAAAAUCGACAAGGACUACAAACCUAAAUCAUUCAAACUAGACAGAAAUCGAGCUGAAACCUAAAUCCUUCACACAAACUAAUAUUGAAACCUAUGAAACUUUGUUAAUAUCGGAAGAAUAAAAAUCAAACAGAGAAACAUAUGCAAAAACAAAACAAGUCUUACAACAAACCUCAAAAUAUCUCGUCGAGCCGAGUAACCUGAAGAAGAAGGACAGUUUAUAUCUGGUCUUAUGGCAUAACCACAUAAGGAGAGUGGACCUGUUUUCUGUUCUAUUUUACCAAAUUCCUCAAUUAAAAAUGAUUUUUUGUACUAAAAUUCAGUGUUACUCAAUUAUUUUAAUAGUCAGAGUUACUCAUGAGUCGCUCAUAGUUGGUCCCAAAUCUAUAAAAAGAAUGGAAGGAGUUGCUUUGUGACAAAAAAAAAAGAAAAAAAGUUUCUCACCUACGUGAAGUUUAAGCUAAUAUGGUGGAAAUCAUCUAAUGUAUAAGAAUGUGGUAACAAAUACACGAAGUUUAUGUUAAUACAUGUCACAUGUAUGAAGUAAAUGAUUAUACGGUGGCAACAUCACAAUUGGGUUUAAUUGAUUUUAAACUAAGUUAAUGGGGUUAAUCUGUAAUAUCUGAAAGUUAAUUCUGAUUUACUAAAUCUGACCCGACCCGACCCAACUCCUUUAUCCGACCCAAUUGUAGAUUUAAGUCUCUUGUUUGGAUCUCCAAUUUUUGAAAUUAGGUUUCAUAACAACAGAAAAUCGAUUUCAAAACAGACAACGACAUUGUUAGGGUUUGUAAAGCAAAAUCGAUUUAAGGAUUUCUAACACACAUAGAGAGAGAAACAGACAAGGUGAAAAAAAUUGAGAAAGAUUACAAACCCAGCAACCUAAUUUUGUUUUCUUUCCUUAAAAUAGAUGUGGCGAGUAGGGAAAAUGUAUAAUAGGGUUUAAAGAAAUGUCACUGGAAUAAUUUGUGUGCGAUAGUGUGAAUUUUGGAGAUUCAGUUGCAGGAUGAAGAUGAAGCAUUUUGGGAAUCACAAUGCUUAGUGAAAUUAACUUUAUCCGACCCAAUUGUGGAUUUAAAUGUUUUGUUUGGAUCUCCAAUUUUCGAAACUGGGGUUAAUAACAACAGAAAAUCGAUUUGAGAGAGGGCAGAAUCAAUUUUCAUAUAUUGCAAAUUGGCCCCAUUAACUUAGCUUAAAAUCAAUUGUGAUGUUGUCACUAUAUAACCAUUUACUUCGUAUAUGUGGCAUGUAUUAACAUAAAUAAAUUUUGUGUAGUUGUUGACACAUUUUUAUAUAUUGGAUGGUUUCCAUCAUAUUAGAGUAAGCAUGGUGUAGCUGAGAAACUAUUUUCCACGAAAAAAGAACGGAAGGAGUUGCAAAGGUAUAAAGAAGAGAUUAGUAACAAAGUCCCUCUUUCUUCCCAUAAAAAGGCUUCGCUUUCAAGUUUCAUCAUCAGUCAGUAUCUUCUUCUUGUUCCAUCUUUUCUUUCUCGGAAAAACAAAACAAAGAUUUGUCUUUUCUUCUUUUGGCAGGCGGGUUUAGAAAGUGAUUUUAUUUUUUUUUCAAUUCCUCGAACUCUCUUCGAAUCUACUGGAUUCCUCGAAACCCAAAACGCAUGUCCGAGUUCGGGUUUUGCAUUUUCCUCACACCAAGUUGUGCAUCAACAAACUCUCCAACAAUGAAUUUUCGACCAGAUAAGUCCGUUAGGUUUCACGACUGGAAAUCCGACAAGGCUUCCGACGUGGAAUACUCCGAGAGAACCGAGGUUCCAGAUGGUUUAUUCCGGAGGGCAAUAAGCUCAAUCUCAGACAAGUUACACGGAUGCUUCUUAAGGAUCAAAAUGUUCAGGAGGUCUUACUCUUUGAAAGAAACGGUUUCGAAAGGGAUUGAUUCCACUCACGAGAUACUUGACCCACAAGGAUCUUUCCUUCAGAAGUGGAACAAGAUCUUCGUUUUAGCUUGUAUCGUCGCUGUCUCCGUCGACCCUUUGUUCUUCUACGUACCUGUCCUCGACAAGGCCAAGAACUGUCUUGAUGUCGACAAGAAAAUGCAGACAACCGCAAGCGUAUUGCGCUCCAUCACCGACAUCUUCUACGCCAUUCACAUGGUUUUCCAGUUCCGUACGGGCUUCAUCGCUCCUUCUUCUCGUGUCUUUGGGAGAGGUGUUCUUGUUGAGAACAGGCGCGAGAUCGCUAAACGUUACUUGUCCUCUCAUUUCAUCGUCGACAUUCUUGCCGUGCUUCCUCUUCCUCAGAUGGUGAUUUCGAUAAUCAUUCCGAGUAUGAGAGAGCCCAAGACUUUGCACACGAAGAAUAUGUUGAAGUUCAUAGUCUUCUUCCAAUACAUACCGAGGUUUAUGAGAAUCUAUCCGCUCUAUAAGCAAGUGACUAGAACCUCAGGCAUACUUACAGAGACAGCUUGGGCAGGAGCUGCUUUUAACCUCUUCCUCUACAUGCUUGCUAGUCAUGUGUUUGGUGCUUUCUGGUAUUUGUUCUCUAUCGAGCGCAAAACCGUGUGCUGGAAGCAAGCUUGCGAGAGAGACAGGAGGAUCUGCGAAAUAGAUUCGUUGUAUUGUAGGGAGCCUCCCACUUUUGGAGACAACACUUUUCUCAAUGCGUCUUGUCCGGUUCUGGAAUGUAACGCAACACGUUUCGAGUUUGGGAUAUUCCUUGGCGCACUUCAGUCCGGUGUGGUGGAGUCUCAUGAUUUCCCUCUGAAGUUCUUUUACUGUUUCUGGUGGGGUCUCCAAAACCUCAGUUCGCUGGGACAAAACCUUAAAACAAGUACAUACAUAUGGGAGAACUGUUUCGCGGUCUUCAUUUCUAUCUCCGGACUGGUUCUCUUCUCGUUCUUGAUCGGGAACAUGCAGACGUAUCUGCAAUCAACAACCACAAGGCUGGAGGAGAUGAGAGUCAAGAGAAGAGACGCUGAACAAUGGAUGUCGCACCGUUUGCUCCCCGACAAUCUAAGGAAAAGAAUCCGACGAUACGAGCAGUACAAAUGGCAAGAGACCAGAGGCGUUAAUGAAGAGAAUCUUCUUCGUAACCUCCCUAAAGAUCUUAGACGCGACAUUAAACGCCAUCUCUGUCUCGCCCUUGUCAUGCGUGUCCCUAUGUUUGAGCAAAUGGACGAGCAGCUUCUUGAUGCUCUGUGUGACCGUCUGCAACCUGUGCUGUACACAGAGGAAAGCUACAUCGUCAGAGAAGGAGAUCCUGUAGAUGAAAUGCUCUUCAUAAUGCGUGGGAAGCUUCUAACAAUGACAACAAACGGUGGAAGAACCGGUUUCUUCAACUCCGAGCAUCUCGGAGCUGGUGAUUUCUGCGGAGAGGAGCUUCUAACCUGGGCUUUAGACCCACACACAUCCACAAACCUCCCAAUCUCGACAAGAACCGUUCAAGCUCUCGUGGAAGUCGAAGCCUUCGCACUCAAAGCAGACAACCUCAAAUUCGUGGCUUCUCAGUUCAGACGUCUCCACAGCAAACAGCUGAGACAUACUUUCAGAUUCUACUCGCAGCAAUGGAGGACUUGGGCUGCUUGCUUCAUACAAGCCUUUUGGAGAAGAUGCGUGAAGAAGAGACUAGAGGAGACUCUUAGACAAGAAGAGAACCGGUUGCAGGACGCUUUGGCUAAAGAAGCUUGUGGAAGCUCACCGAGCUUUGGUGCUACGAUGUACGCGUCACGGUUUGCUGCAAACAUCUUGCGGACUAUACGAAGGAGCGGUUCGGUGCGUAAACCGAGGAUGCUGGAACGAAUGCCACCUAUGCUACUACUUCAGAAACCAGCUGAACCGGAUUUCAAUAGUGAUGAUUAUAUGCGUAUAGUGCCGAUAUAUAAAAAUAGAAGUCUUUAA